AUGGUACAACAAGAAAAAAUUCGAGCAGUUAAAGAGAUGCCCACGCCAAACACAAUUAAAUCAGCUCAAUCCUUUCUGGGAAUGGUAAACUAUUAUAGGAAUUUUAUUCCCCAGUGCUCAUUGUUGUCCAAACCUAUUAUUGAAUUUAUUUCUAAAAAAUGUGAUUGGUCCAAGAAACAAGAUCAAGCGGUUAUUACUCUAAAACAAAAAUUAUGCUCAGCACCCGUACUAGUCCCAUUUAUUCCUGGUGACGAAUACCGUCUUUCUACAGAUGCUAGCACUAUCGCUCUUGGUGGGGUACUAGAACGUUUACACAUGGGACAACUUGUUGGUGUAAUUGGUUAUUUUUCAAAAACUGUUAAUCCUACUCAAGCAUGUUAUCCGGUUGGAGAAAUAGAGUUGUUGUCAAUCAUUCAAAACUUACAACACUUCAAAUACUAUCUACAUGGACACCACUUCAUCUUAAGAACUGAUCAUAUAUCCUUAUUGGCAUACAGAAAUAAGAAAGAACCCUCUGCAAGAAUUUCACGAUGGUUAGACUUCUUAGCUGAGUUUGAUUUCACCUUAGAAUACAUUAAAGGAUGA